AUGUCAACAAAGCUGCAACAGUAUCAGUCUCGUCAAUGGAUGUUCUAUCCGGAAAACUUCGUUGACUCCGCGACACGACAUCACACGUGGAAUGCCAAGAGAGCACAUCGUAUGCACCCCACGACUUUUUUCAACCGUGAAGGGUCGAGGAGAACGUGGAGGGGAGUAGGAGGCGAUGGUGCAAAACCUUUGUGCGAAGAGGGUUCUUCAGCGACGUUGCCUAUUCCGAUCAGAAGUCGGGAACCAGACCCCUGA